UCCAAUGUGGAAAAAAUCAUGGCCAGUCGUGCGGCAAUGCUGUUGGGCCAGGUAAUCCCGUGCGUGAAAACAAAUGCAUCCAAGAUACGCGUACGACGAAUGGAACUGGAUACCAAUCUCAACAUGUACUUUAAAAAGGAUGAAUUUUACUUUGCCUACGAUCCGGACAAGCGCUGCAAAACUGGUGACAUCGUACUGAUAAAGGAAUUGCCCGAAAAGCUCACACGGCUCAUAUCGCAUUCGGUGGAGGAGAUUGUAUACCCGCUGGGGGAUAUUACCGAUCCCAUCACCGGCAAGAAGGUCGUCGUGGGCAAGUACCGAGAAGAUAUCGAGGAAGCGAAUCGGUUGUUUGGUAAAUCGAAAGACGCAUUUGACUACUCUACCGCUCCGCCACGUGGUCGGUUGGAGGGUACGCGAGAUUUUACGCACGGUGAAACCUACAUCAAGUACCACGAGGAUGGCAAGGAUCAACCGUUUGCUGUAUAA